AUGAACGCAGGUGGUCUUGAAUCUGCAGCACUGCUGGCUUUUGGAAAUGAAUCUGAUCACCUAGCAUUACUGGACUUCAAGAGGAGAAUUACUGAAGACCCUCUUGGCAUCAUGAGCUCAUGGAAUAAAUCCAUAAACUUCUGCAGUUGGAUUUGCGUUACAUGCAACGAUUCCAACAAAAGGGUCAUCAUUUUGAACCUGGAUGCUCAACAACUGGUAGGCUCUAUACCACCUUCUAUGGGAAAUCUUACUAAUCUUACUGGUAUCAACCUGAGAAACAACAGCUUUCAUGGUGAACUUCCACAAGAAAUGGGGUGUCUAAACAAUCUCACAGGAAGAAUUCCAUAUUGGAUAGGAAAUUGGUCAUCUAUGUAUGGACUCUCUCUUGGCAGUAACAGUUUGCAAGGAAGCAUACCGGAUGAGCUUGGGUGUCUAAAGGGCUUGGGACUACUCAUACUUGAUGAUAACAAUCUGUCUGGUAUGGUUCCUUCUUCAAUCUAUAAUAUUUCUUCCAUAUACACUUUUAGUGUUGCUGUGAACCAGCUGCAUGGAGAGCUACUCCAAAUACUUCAGCUUCUUGACUUUGGUGAUAAUGGUUUCACUGGAAAGCUUCCUGAAAGGUUUGGAAACUUGCGUGGCUUAAUUAGACUGAACUUUGGCAUAAACAGACUGGGAAGUGGGAAAGCUGGUGACCUGAAUUUUCUCAAUUCCUUGGCUAAUUGUACUAGUCUUGAGUCCUUGGGGGUUAGCCUUAAUCGCUUUGGAGGAGAAUUACCAGCAUCCAUGGCUAACCUUUCUACCCAACUGAAAUUUCUUAUUCUGGGUAGCAAUUUGAUACAUGGGGGGAUCCCUAUGGGCCUUGGAAAUCUUGUAAACUUGACCGCUUUGGGAUUAGAAGUAAACUUUCUGACUGGCUAUGUCCCUGAAGAGAUUGGGAAGCUCCGGAACCUAGGGGAGGUAGUGGCAAUCAAAUCCCUUGCGAUUUCUUUGACCAUGUCUAACAACUCUCUGACUGGUUCACUACCAUCUGAAGUGGGUAAUGAAUUCAGUGGAGAAAUUCCUCAGUCUCUGGAAACAUUGAGAGGCUUGGAAGAGUUGGAUAUUUCAUGUAACAACUUAUCUGGUCAGCUUCCUGAAUUUGUAGGUGGAUUUAGAUCUCUAAAGCUUCUCAAUCUUUCUCACAAGGAUUUUGAGGGUGAAUUGCCUAAAGAAGGAAUCUUUUCAAAUGCAACUGGAAAAAGACCUACUGAUGACAUGUUCAAAGAUGAUCUAAGCAUUCACCAAUUUGCAGCCAUGGCUUCGCUUCAUCAUGUCAUGGACAUAGCUGACCAUUCAUUGCUCCUUGAAGGAAAUGACAAGGAUGAUGUUAACAUAUUCGACAAUGACAUACAAGAAAGACCAAUAAUCAGAUACCAGGAUCGCUCCCAAGUCAACAUAAAAGGAUUGGAGGAAUGCUUGGUGUCGGUGAUACAGAUUGGACUUUUAUCCUCUGCAUUGUUACCAAGAGAGCGGAUGCUUAUGGAUAUCACUGCCAACAAAAUGAAGGCAAUCAGAGACUUUAUCUCAAUUGAAGAAGCGGCAGCAGCCAGUAACCAAGUCGAGGACAUGUAA